AUGAAAACGGGGUUACUUCAAUUGUUAUAUCAAAAUCCUUUUAUGGGGCUUGAUCACGAAGAUCCUUUCACUCAUCUCACGAAGUUCUAUGAGAUAGCCGGAACCAUUGGUGCUCCGGAGACCGAAGAAGAACAGGUUUUCAAAAGACUAUUCCCUCAUUCCUUGAUAUUAAAAGCUAAGGAAUGGUAUCUGGAUCAACCAAAUAAUGUCAUGACUAAUUGGAAUGAGUUGGAGGAGAAAUUUCUUGAUCGGUUCUUUCCACAUAAUAGGUUCACGGAAGCGAAAACUUCCAUUUCUGUGUUCUCCCAAGGUCAAAUUGAGGCUCUCAAUGAAGCGUGGGAGAGGGGUGAUCAUCAAACUGGUUUUUAUCCUCCACUCGGCGAAGAAGUGAAUUAUGUUUCAAAUCCUAAUCAAGGCUAUGAUGAAGUGAUUGAAGUAGAAAAAAAUUUUGAGGGUGACUUAGUUGAAAAUAAGAAAGAGAAAGAAUUAGUUGAGAAAGAAAAUCUUGAGAUAGAGGAGAAAAAGAAAAAGAGAGAAAAAGAGAAAGGAAAGAAAAAGGAGACUUCCAUACCAUUGCAAAAUUUACCUUAUCCCCAUGCUCCAUCAAAGAAAAAUGAUGCUAGGCAUUAUGCUAGAUUCAUGGAUAUUUUUAGCCGAUUCCAAAUAAAUAUUCCAUUUUCUGAGGCCUUGGAGCAAAUGACUAUGUAUGCUAAAUUUAUCAAGGAUAUUAUCACAAAGAAGAGGAGAUUUGAAGAUCUAGAGGUUGUGACCGUUAACUCGUGUUGUAGUGCUAUAAUUCAAAGAACUCCACCGAAGAAAGAAAGCGAUCCGGGAAAAGUUACUCUACCGGUGACAAUUGGAAGUGUCUAUGUCGAUAAAGGGUUGAUAGAUUUGGGUUAUAGCAUUAAUUUGACACCAUUGUCUCUUGUGAAAAGAUUGGGAAAUAUAGAGUUGAAAUCUACAAGGAUGACUUUGCAAUUAGCCAACAAGUCCACCACUCAUCUAAUAGGGAUUGCGGAAGAUUCGUUAGUUAAAGUUGAUAAGUUCUUUUUCCCGGUCGAUUUUGCGGUGAUUGAUAUGGAGGAGGAUUAUGACACACCUUUAAUACUUGGAAGACCUUUCAUGAAAACCGCUCGGAUGAUGAUCGAUAUCGAUGACGGUCUAAUGAAAGUGGGAGUUUUGGAUGAAGAAGUGUGUUUUAACCUCUUUGAAGCGAUGAAGCAUAAAAAUGAUAAAAGUGAUUGUUUUUGA